AUGAGUGCUAUAUCAGCAAUCAAGUACAAUGCGACAAAGACACCUGCAAAAGCAGCAAUUAUUUUCCUUCAUGGGCUAGGUGACAGUGGUGAAGGUUGGUCUUGGUUACCACAACUCGUCAAUCAAACUCAUUUAAUUCCUGAUGCGCAAUCAAUCAAUUAUGUGUUUCCCAAUGCACCACAAAUACCCAUUACAGUCAAUGGAGGCAUGGUUAUGCCAGGUUGGUUUGACAUUUAUGAAUUUGGUAACCCUAAUGCUAAACAAGAUAUUGAUGGAUUUUUCAAAAGUUGUGAUGUGUUAAAAAGCUUAAUUCAAGAACAAAUUGAUAAAUACAAUAUUCCCGCUAAUAAGAUUAUUAUUGGUGGUUUCAGUCAAGGUGCUGCUAUUUCAUUGGCAACUGUCUCCUUAUUGAAUUUCAAAAUUGGUGGUGUUGUUGCAUUAUCUGGAUUCUGUGCCGUCAGUGAAGAAUUGGAAAGACGAUUAAUUAAAGAGGUGAAUUUUGAUACUCCAAUUUUUCAAGGACAUGGUACUGCUGAUCCAAUUGUUGCCUAUGAUUUUGGUAAAAGGACUAGUGAACUUUAUCAUAAAUUGGGAUACAAGAAUUUGAAGUUUAAUACAUAUUCCGGAGUAGCUCAUAGUGCUAGUGAAGAGGAAUUGAUAGAUGUUGUUGACUUUAUAAAGAAUGUUAUAGCAUGA